GAACGCCUCCGGCUGGACGCGCCGGGCCGGCUGCGCCCCGGGACCCCGCGCCCUGGCUCCCCACAGCCGGCGAAGCGCUUGUGGGGCUCUUGGAAAUGGCAGGGGCGUUUAUAAAUCGGCGACUCAGACAUUAAGCUCUUGGGAGAAAAAGUUUUGUAACUAGGCUGGAAUUUGCCCUUGACAAGCAAGAAAAUGAAUGAUGCAAGUGACAUGUUGGCUGCGGCGCUGGAACAGAUGGAUGGUAUUAUAGCAGGCUCUAAGGCCCUGGAAUAUUCCAAUGGGAUUUUUGAUUGCCAGUCUCCCACCUCUCCAUUCAUGGGAAGUCUGCGUGCUCUGCACCUCGUGGAAGACCUGCGUGGAUUAUUAGAGAUGAUGGAAACAGAUGAGAAGGAAGGUUUGAGAUGCCAGAUCCCAGAUUCAACAGCAGAGACACUUAUUGAAUGGCUUCAGAGUCAAAUGACAAAUGGACACCUACCUGGAAAUGGAGACAUGUAUCAAGAAAGGCUGGCACGCUUAGAAAAUGAUAAAGAGUCCCUCGUUCUUCAGGUAAGUGUGUUAACAGACCAGGUGGAGGCUCAAGGGGAGAAGAUUCGAGAUUUGGAAUUCUGUCUUGAAGAGCACAGAGAGAAGUUGAAUGCCACAGAAGAAAUGCUGCAGCAGGAGCUCCUGAGUAGGACAUCCUUAGAAACCCAGAAGUUGGAUCUGAUGGCUGAAGUGUCUAAUUUGAAGUUAAAAUUGACAGCUGUAGAGAAGGACAGACUGGAUUAUGAAGACAGGUUCAGAGACACAGAGGGGCUAAUACAGGAGAUCAGUGAGUUGAGAUUAAAAGUUGGUGAAAUGGACGGUGAGAGACUUCAGUAUGAAAAAAAGCUUAAAUCAACCAAAUCUUUAAUGGCCAAACUUUCUAGCAUGAAAAUCAAGGUGGGUCAGAUGCAGUAUGAAAAGCAGCGGAUGGAACAAAAAUGGGAGUCACUGAAGGAUGAACUGGCAUCUUUAAAAGAGCAACUAGAAGAGAAGGAAUCUGAAGUAAAAAAGCUGCAAGAAAAAUUGAUUUGCAAGAUGAAAGGAGAAGGGAUUGAAAUUCUUGAUAAAGAUAUUGAAGUACAAAAAAUGAAAAAGGCUGUGGAGUCUUUGAUGGCAGCAAAUGAAGAAAAGGACCAGAAAAUAGAAGAUCUCCGACAGUGCCUGAACAGGUACAAGAAAAUGCAAGACACAGUGGUACCCCUUCAAGGCAAAGAUGGUGAAUAUGAAGACCUGCUCAAUUCCAGUUCCAUCCCCACUUUGUUGGAUACGCAGGGCUUUAGUGAUCUGGAGAGAAGUCCAUUGAUUUCUCCAGUAUUGGAGUCUCCCAGCCAUGACCCACUCGACACAAGUAUUCCAGAAGAGCUCCAUACCAACAUCUUGCAAGUUUCAAUCCCUUCAUUAUUGCCAGCAUCCAUAGGCGUGGAAACUGCUGAAAAAUCAAAGUUGCCUCCUAAGCCAGAGACUUCAUUUGAAGAGAAUGAUGGAAAAAUAACCCUUGGUGCUGCUGUUGAAACCCAGCUGGGUGACAGUAUUUUAACUUCAAGUCUGCAAAAAUCCAGCAGUCUGGGCAAUCUGAAGAAAGAGACAUCAGAUGGGGAAAAGGAGUCUAUUCAGAAGCCUUCAGAGGAUAAAGCUCCAGGAGGAAACAGCAUGUUUGGUAGCCUCCCUCCUAAAGCACCAGGACAUGAGGCCUCUGUGGAUGACAAUGCUUUUGGCACUCGAAAAGCCAGGUCUUCCUUUGGUCGGGGCUUUUUUAAAAUCAAAAGUAACAAGAGGACAGCAAGUGCACCAAACUUGGAUCGUAAUCGAAGUGCCAGUGCACCCACCCUAGCUGAAACAGAAAAAGAGACAGCAGAGCCCCUGAAUCUAGCUGGUGCAUCUUCUCAGCCCAGAGAUCCACAAGGAAACAGUACCUUCCAGAUGUCUCCACUGUCUCCAGAUUCCAGAAAGAAAUCCAGAGGUAUUAUGAGACUCUUUGGAAAACUUAGAAGAAGUCAGUCAACUACAUUUAACCCAGAAGACAUGUCUGAGCCUGAAUUCAAAAGAGGAGGGACAAGGGCAACUGCAGGUCCUCGACUUGGCUGGUCUCGUGAUCUGGGACAGACUAACAGUGACUUGGAUAUGCCUUUUGCCAAAUGGACAAAGGAACAAGUUUGUACCUGGCUGGUGGAGCAAGGGUUGGGGUCCUACCUGAAUUCUGGCAAGCACUGGAUUGCAUCUGGCCAAACCCUUUUGCAGGCUUCUCAACAAGAUUUAGAGAAGGAACUUGGAAUCAGGCAUUCACUUCAUCGAAAGAAACUCCAGCUGGCAUUGCAAGCCCUAGGAUCUGAAGAAGAAACCAAUCAUGGAAAGCUGGAUUUCAACUGGGUCACUAGGUGGUUGGAUGAUAUUGGCCUUCCCCAGUAUAAGACCCAGUUUGAUGAAGGACGAGUCGAUGGUCGAAUGUUGCAUUAUAUGACUGUUGAUGACCUACUGUCUUUGAAGGUUGUGAGUGUACUGCACCAUCUCAGUAUCAAAAGGGCCAUCCAAGUUCUAAGGAUCAAUAACUUUGAACCAAACUGUCUACGGAGGCGGCCAUCUGAUGAGAGUAGUAUUACCCCAUCUGAAGUGCAGCAAUGGACCAACCACCGUGUGAUGGAGUGGCUGCGCUCUGUGGACUUGGCGGAAUAUGCCCCCAAUCUCAGGGGCAGUGGGGUCCAUGGUGGACUCAUGGUAUUAGAACCUCGUUUUAAUGUAGAAACAAUGGCUCAGUUAUUGAAUAUUCCACCAAAUAAGACCUUGUUGCGAAGACAUUUGGCCACUCAUUUCAACCUUCUGAUUGGUGCUGAGGCCCAACACCAGAAGCGAGAUGCCAUGGAGUUACCAGAUUAUGUACUUUUAACAGCUACUGCCAAAGUGAAGCCAAAGAAACUUACCUUCAGCAAUUUUGGGAAUCUGAGAAAGAAGAAGCAGGAAGAUGGUGAAGAAUAUGUUUGUCCAAUGGAAUUGGGACAGGUGUCAGGAAGCGCUUCAAAGAAGGGGUUUAAGCCUGGUUUGGACAUGCACCUGUAUGAUGAAGAUGAUUUGGAUCGGUUAGAGCAGAUGGAAGAUUCAGAAGGGACAGUGAGACAGAUAGGUGCAUUUUCUGAAGGCAUCAACAACCUCACACACAUGUUAAAAGAAGAUGAUAUGUUUAAAGAUUUUGCUGCCCGUUCCCCCAGUGCCAGCAUCACAGAUGAAGACUCAAAUGUGUAACUGUGGAACCUGGAUAAGCACUUGGAACCCUUAGUCUUCUUUCCACUUUAUUUUUCAAAUACAGUGUAUACAGCAGGCAAAGGAUUGUAUAUUGUUUAUCUCUCUAACUUCUGUUCCUGCAGAAGUGAAAAUGGAAAUUGUGAAAUGUUCCUAUUUAGAAGUUGACACAAAAAAUGAGACACUGGUAAAGAAAGUAUAAUUGUUUUUCCUCUAUUUAAUGUAAAAAUCUGUGAUAUAUUAUAUUUAAAGUGUUGCAUUUAAAAUGAGUAUUUUACCACAGUGUUUCCAUCCACAUCCCUAGUAUGGGUUUAGGACUGACUUUGUGACAUCUGUAUUCAUCACAGCCAUCUGUGCAGUCUGUGCUUUUAAGACUGAUAUAUGGGGGGCUGGGGAUAUAGCUCAGUGGCAUAAGCACCUUCCUGGCAAGUGCAAGGUUGUGAGUUCGAUCCCUGGUACCACACACACAAAAAAAAGACUUAUAUAUGGGAUUUUGUUACCCCUUCAGUGUGCCCACUAAAUGCCAGUCACACCUCCACUUGCCUCUUAUUUUAUACAUCUCUCUCUCUCUCUGUCUACAUAUAUAUAUAUAUAUAUAUAUAUACACACACAUACACACACACACAUACACACAAUACACACACAACAUAGAAAAUAAGUUUCGAGACAUAAGGUAGAUGAUGAAAAGGUCACAUCAAAAACAAAAUCCCCAACUUCUAAAUUUCCAUAUACCAGCCAGUUCCUAAAGAAAACAAAAUGAUAUUUAUUUCUCCACAGCUGAAUUUAAGUAUUAGUCAUUGAAAUUAAGGUAAUAUACACGAAAUACCCCUUCUUUGAUGACACUACAAAAUUUAUGAACCGUUUAAAUAUUUCAUUCAUAAGUAUUGAAUUCAUUCAUAAGUAUUCAUACACCAUAAGAUUUUAUAAAGAAAUUCUAAAGAAACCAAAAGCAAAGCAGAAACCUUUUCAGUAUUAAGUUUCAUACUUUCCACUUUGCCAAAUACAUCAUUAUAUCAUAAUACUAGCAGUUUACCUAAACUUGAUUACACAUUUCUCAGGCUGUCAAUGGGGCAGAAUUCAAAAAUUUUGAGACUGCAAAAUUAGUUUUAUAAUGGCUAUUUUUUUAGACAAAAUGUUACAAACACCAAAAUAGUCUUUAUAAAGAACAGAAAAAACUGAAGCAAAAACUGUUCCUGUUUUUAUCUUGUUGUUUUAGGAAAAGUCUAUCUUUCAUUUAGUGUUACAUAAUUGCUCAUUAUAGCCAACUGCUUAGAGUGGGCGUUCACGAACUGGAGCAGAGGUGCGUGGUUUGGUUUGUGCCAGUGGACUUGAUUAUAAACUGUAUUUGAAUAUCAGUGGUAUUUCUCAUUAUCAGCAAGUUACCAAGCUUAUUCAUCAAGGAACUUAUAACACUCCAUUAUUAUAUAUUCAUCACUAAAAUGAUUUCUUGCUAACAAUGGUUUUGUUUGAACUCUACCGUUAUUUGGUAAAUGUAUUAGACUUGGCCUGUAUUUGGGUUUUACUUUAAUGUGAAUUUAUGUCACCAUUUGAAAAACCCAAAUUUGUUAUUUGAACCUGGUUCAAAAUACCAUAAGACUGUUACAGAUACCAAAUAUUCUUCAUUCAGGACAAUAUAACUGAUGAAAUAGUUCCAUGAUAUAUUUUAUUUACAAAAUAUAUGCUGCUGGUAAUGCCAUAUGAGAGGAAAUAAAGUCAACUGAUAAUUGA